UCAAUCUCUGCGGCAUCAUUUAUGCUGAAUUUAAGUGAUUUUCUUCUGAAAACAAGCCUGAGAGAGAGAAGCAGGAAUCUGAUUGGUCCGGUUUCUGGUUCUGUAAAUCUGGAUGCCAGCUGGUGCAAACAUAGUGGGAACCCAGGCCUCCCACAAUCAUCUCCCAAAAUUCUCCUUGAUGUGAGAUGUGGAGUACUACAGGUUUUCUGGGGUCAGGAGAACCUAAAUUGUUUGACGCACUUAAAUGAGCUCGUCCAAGAAUACCUGAGGAAAGAGCCGGGAUUGGGAAUGUCAAAUUCUGAACAGCCUGUUCUCCCAGUAUCGCCUGCUGUCAUUAGACCCUCAACCUGUAAUACAGAACACAGUUCUGAUGACCUGCGG